AUUGUAUAAAAUAUAGAUAUUAUAUUAUAAAGAUAUAUAAAAAUCAUAUUCAGCAAGUAUAUUUUAAUUAAAGUAAUUUAUUACAUAUAACAAAAUAAAGUAAUGACAAAAGAAAAUCAAAAUUUUGGUAAUCUUUUGUAAAAUAAAUAAGAGAUAAACAACAAUUCAAUUUUAGUAAUAUUUAAAUAUUUACUGUUAAUUAUGUCAAAUGUCACAAAGAAUAUGGAAAGUACAAAAAAACGCUUAAAAGAAUUAUUUUGUUUAAUGGAUAGUGAUAUUGAUGGUUAUUUAGAUUACUAUGAAAUGAAAGCUGCAUUAAAAGCUUUAGGUUUCCCAGUAAAAAAAUCUUAUAUUUUAACCAUAAUACGAAUGUACGACAAGCGUGGUUAUAAUAAAAUUUGUUUUAAUGAUUUUUAUUAUGUCGUAACAGAAAUGUUAAUUAAGCGGAAUCCUAUAGAUGAAAUUAAAUAUGUUUUUAAGUUAUUUAUAAACAAAUCUUCAAUCAAUAAAAUAACAUUGGAAGAUUUACAGAAAUUUAAUCAAAAACUUAAAUGUAAUCUAAUUAAUGAAGAAAUGGAACUUAUGAUAAAAGAAUUUGAUUUAGAUCAAGAUGGUUCUAGUAAAAAGAUCUUUUAUUUUAGAUUAAUUAUAUUGAUAAAAUUUUUAUUUAAUAUAAUAUAAAAUUUAUUUUAUACAUUUUAUAUUAUAAAUACUUUAAAAAUUAUACUUAUAUUUAUAA